AUGGAGCAGCUAUCAGAUGAAGAAAUUGACCAUGGUGCUGAAGAAGACAGUGACAAAGAAGAUCAAGAUCUGGACAAAAUGUUUGGAGCCUGGCUGGGGGAGCUAGACAAACUCACUCAGAGUUUGGAUUCUGACAAGCCCAUGGAACCAGUAAAACGAUCUCCUCUUCGCCAAGAAACAAACAUGGCCAAUUUUUCUUACCGCUUCUCCAUAUACAACUUGAAUGAAGCUCUGAGUCAGGGAGAAACUGUGGAUCUGGAUGCCCUGAUGGCCGAUCUUUGCUCAAUAGAGCGGGAGCUCAGCAGUAUCGGUGCAGGCAAUAGUAAGCGUCAAAUCACAGAAACAAAAGCCUCUCAGAAAUUACCUCCUAGCCGACAUACAACAAAACAUGGCACCUUGAAAGGAUUGUCUUCUUCAUCUAAUAGGAUUACUAAACCAUCACAUGCCAACUACUCCCUGGAUGAUAUUACUGCACAGUUAGACCAGGCCUCUUUGAGCAUGGAUGAGGCUGCUCAGCAAUCUGUACUAGAGGAUGCUAAGCCCUUAGUAACUAAUCAGCACAGAAGAACGGCAUCAGCAGGCACGGUGAGUGAUGCUGAAGUGCGCUCUAUGAGUAACUCCUCUCGCUCCAGCAUCACUUCUGCAGCUUCCAGCAUGGACUCUUUGGAUAUUGAUAAAGUAACGCGCCCUCAAGAACUGGAGUUGACACAUCAGGGGCAGCCAAUUACUGAGCAUGCUAUUUCUCUGAGAUGUCCCAGCAAGCCGGCCAAGCGUCAUAUUGACUUCACAGAAGAACAGGCUGAGCUGACACCUCACUCCUAUUUGGACAGGGAAACCUCCCUUCUUCUGAGAAACAUUGCAGGAAAACCUUCUCAUUUGCUGACCAAGGAAGAACAAGCAGCAAAAUUGAAAGCUGAGAAGAUCAGAGUUGCCCUAGAGAAAAUUAAAGAGGCACAAGUGAAAAAGCUGGUUAUUAGAGUCCACAUGUCUGAUGAUAGUUCUAAAACAAUGAUGGUGGAUGAGAGACAGACGGUGAGACAAGUGCUGGAUAACCUCAUGGACAAAUCCCACUGUGGUUACAGUUUAGACUGGUCACUGGUAGAAACCAUCUCUGAGUUACAAAUGGAGAGAAUCUUUGAAGACCAUGAAAACUUGGUUGAAAAUCUUCUUAACUGGACAAGAGAUAGUCAAAACAGGCUUAUGUUUAUGGAGCGUAUAGAAAAAUAUGCACUUUUCAAAAAUCCACAGAACUAUCUUCUGGGGAAAAAGGAAACAGCUGAGAUGGCAGAUAGAAACAAAGAAGUGCUGUUGGAGGAAUGUUUUUGUGGAAGUUCUGUAACUAUACCAGAAAUUGAAGGAGUCCUUUGGUUGAAAGAUGAUGGCAAGAAGUCCUGGAAAAAGCGUUACUUUCUCUUGCGAGCAUCUGGUAUUUACUAUGUCCCUAAAGGAAAAGCAAAGGUUUCUCGGGAUCUGGUAUGCUUUCUCCAGCUGGAUCAUGUCAAUGUUUAUUACGGACAGGACUAUCGGAACAAAUACAAAGCCCCGACGGACUGUUGUCUGGUGCUGAAGCACCCACAGAUCCAGAAGAAAUCUCAGUACAUCAAAUACCUUUGCUGUGAUGAUGUGAGGACCCUGCACCAGUGGGUCAAUGGUAUCCGCAUUGCAAAGUAUGGGAAGCAGCUCUACAUGAACUACCAAGAAGCCUUAAAGAGGACAGAGUCUGCUUGUGAUUGGACUUCCUUAUCCAGCUCCAGCAUUAAAUCAGGAUCCAGUUCUUCCAGCAUCCCAGAGUCUCAGUCAAAUCACUCAACUCAGUCUGACAGUGGGGUGUCCGACUCCCAGCCAGCGGGACACGUCCGUUCCCAAAGCAUCGUGAGCUCCAUCUUCUCCGAGGCCUGGAAACGAGGCACGCAGCUGGAAGAGUCCAGCAAGAAAUGAGUAUUUGUGAAUGGGCUCUAGUGAUUGUGAUUUGGAAAAACAAACAGAAAACCCUGGCAGUGUAACUCCUUUUCAGUGGCUCACAUUUUAAGAAAUAUUGACUUCCUCCUCCUCCUAAGUCAGUUUGAGUAGAGCAACACCAUUCAGUGCCAGUGCCCUGAUCUUGCUGCGAAUGGUUGAGUGUUUCUUUAUGUAUUAUUAAUUUAGUUUAUUCAGACUCCUUUAUCUUCUUUUCUUCUAUGCUUUUUGACAUUUCUCUACACAUUGAUGAAUUUUCUCCAGUUAUGGUAUAUGUGGAAGGCUACAUUGAAAUUAAUCCCCUUAAAAUUUUGGAUCCCUAAGCCUUGCAUAAUAGCUUGUUCAGUGCCACUGAAGGACAAGUGUAAUUAUUGCAAGACUAUGCAAAAAAAAAAAAAUGGAGAAGUUCUUUAGAUGAUUGUAAAACACCAUAUCAAAUUGCCUCUGAAAUGUGAGAGCGCGGGUGUCCUGGCCGCAUUCACCUGCUCACGCCACUGCUGAGGACCCAGUGGCACAUUUGACCUGACCACUUUGUUUUUACCCAAUAAUAAUUUUGAUUUUUCUGUUCUUUUGGUCUGAAUCACUUAUGCAAGUACAUUCACUAAUGAGAAUUAAAUGGUUUUCCCUCGGUUUAUUCCUUAAUUUUAAUAUUUAGUCCUCAGGAGGGUGGAGGAGGCAUUAGUAACCCAAUGCGGAGGCCUCUUAGAAGUAAAUAUUUGAGAAGUGGUUCUACUGGCCUAAAUUCUCAAAGCACUUAUAGUUUAACUUCCUUAUCAGAGGCUGAAACUUUAAGAAAUAGUCCUCUCCUUUCUUCCACUUAAUGUGGAUAGAGUGCCCCCCUUUCUGGUGCUAAUUACUCGAUGUAUGUAGUAGAGAAGCAGGUUUACACUGCAGACAUCUGGAGAAAAGUCUUCACCUUACUACGUGUUUAAUGGUGCUAUCCAUGUGCAUUUUAAAUGAAAGGCCAAGGAAAACAGGAUUGCAUGCCCGUGAUCCAGCAGGGCACUCUCAUUGCAGUUUCAGGAGCGUGCGCCCUGCGGUGCAGCAGUGACGACGUGUUUGAGUCUUGAUCCUCUUGUG